AGGAAUCUCCUGUGCGUCUGCCACUUGAGAUCGUGAGGGAAAUAAGUACAGAAGAAGCAGCUUUCGACUUACAUCUUCUUUGUGAAUUAGGGCUUAGGAAUUGUAUUCAACUCUCUCGACGUUUUCGGUCGACGAUAUGGUACUCUGAUUUCGUGCUAUCCAGGCAGCCCCGUGAGAUUUUGCAUUGACGCCUUCGCUGAGCUCCUUCGCAGCAGACGACCAGAGAAAGGAGAUUUAUGAUUUUGUACACGUCUGCGACUGAAACUAGCACAAGACAAGGCUUUACGUCGCGUACUCGUGUGAGUGAAGCUAUCUAUCCUCGACGCAGCAGGAGAGAAGACGAUCGCAAUGGAUAGAUCUGUGUCACUGCCCAAUAGUUUCAGCAGCAAUGGCGUUUCAUCGCAGUCUCAGUAUAAGCUGGCCAAGAACGGGGGAUCGGCAUCCCUGCGGAAGAAGGUUUCCUGGGUUCCGGAUACCGUAGACAACGAGGAUAUAUCAAAGAAAUCGUUCAAGAAGGAGCAAUACGUUUCGUCCAGCAGUUUGACUUCAUCGAGUGACAUGCGUUGUGUAACCUGUAAUUGUAGUAAUCUGGGCUGAUUGUGAAAGUGGAGCCGUAACAGGAAAGUGCUUCAAACGCUGGGGAAUAGCAUGCUCAAGGCCGGCAGGGCAGGGCAGGCCCAAUACUUCGAUCACGAUUACUAUUUUUCUGUCAAAGAUGGACCGACUUUAUCUUCAGGUGACAACUGCGAAGCACACUGGGGUCGAUGUUUCCGAUGGGCUUGUUAGGCCACUGCGGAAACAAUCCUGAAGAAAAAGUGUGGAGUCUCUUCAGGAGCUGGAAUCUGCGCAGAGUUAUCAUCUGGAAACCUGGAGCUCCAUGCAACCAACUUUUGACUGUGAAAGGAUUUCGCACAAUGCCCAAACGUCCUUGUAUAACUGCUAAGAUGAGACGAGUGCUAGAACCAUCAGUAGAUGGAAUAUUUCCUUAUGACUUCUUUUGUUUGCGUAGAGGUGGUGAGCUUGUUUGUACUCUAGCUUUCGAUGAAUAACUGUCAAAGAUGCAUGUCAGUGCUGGAAAUUUGUGAGUGCUUGCGUAGUGGAGGCAGCAUCGUUCCAAUUUCACGGAAUUCAGUGUAUGUAACUGUGUACAUAGCUACUUGUUGAGGCAGCUCCAUUUGGCUGUUUUAUAUAGGCUCACCAAAUUUUGAAACUCAUGGUAGAAGCCAAUCCAAACCUCAGCAUCGAAGGCUGCACUCUGCAUAAGUCCUUGUUUUGCUGACACAUAAAUACGAUAUGAUGAUGUGAACUUUGUCACAUUCAUGUUCAAACCUGUAGACGAUCUAUAAUAAAAGUAUCGUCAACGCUUUGAAAGCUC